AAUUCAAGCCUCUAAAGGACAUGGUUUGUUACAGGGAAUGGACGUAAAAUGAUUUUCAAUCCUAAAAUAAUUAUGACAUGGUGUGCUGUGGAGUGAGAAGAUACAUUAGAUAGAUAUCUCCUAUAAGACGAUCUCUGAGCACCCAGGACAUACGUUAGAAAGAGUCCAAGGUGACAGAGGCUACACGGGUCACUGCACUCUGAUUGGCUAAAUUAACUGCUAUAGCGAAGAUCAACAUCCACCCACUCUUGACAGGUUAUCACGUGAUUCUAUCCUUGAAACAGAAGAAGUCCAUCACUGCCUCUCAGCAAUGGAGAUUCUCACGUCCUUGGUGGUCAAUGCAACACCUGAAGACAUGAACAGUACUUCCAACCCCCAGUGGGGGGUACCCUACCUGAAGAAACUAGCCCACCUGGACGAGGGCCUGUACCAGGAGUUCUACGGCCUGUGGGUGACCCUGAUGGUGGUCAACACCCUGAUGUUCGUGGUGGGUGUGGUCCUUAACAGCCUGGCCCUCUACAUCUUCUGCCUGCCCUCCCAGAUCUCCUCCGCCCCUGUGGUCUAUACCAUCAACCUGGCUGUGGCUGACCUGUUGGUGGCGCUCUCGCUCCCUGCCCGCAUUGCCCUCUACCACAGCGGUGGAGGGUGUCUGGCCUGCUCCUACGUUCACACGUUCAGCUACUUCGUCAACAUGUACUGCAGCAUCCUCUUCCUCACCAGUAUCUGCGUGGACCGCUACAUAGCCGUGGUGUGGGCCGGGGCCGGGCGCCGCUGGAGGAGCCCCGGGGGCGCUAAGGGAGUCAGCAUGGGGAUCUGGCUCUUCGCCGUGGUGGUCACCUACUCCUUCCAGACCACGGCGCUGGAGAUCAAGGCCACGUCAUGCUGCCGCCUCACCGCCCUCUUUGCCCUGUCCUUCCUGGAGUUCCUGCUCCCCCUGGUGGUCAUCGUGACAUUCACACUCAGGGUGGCAUGCGCCCUGACCGACCCCAGGCUGAUGCCUCAGAGCCAGGGCCGGCGGGCUAGAGCAGUCAGGCUCCUGGUGGCUGUCUUGGUCGUCUUCUCCAUCUGCUUCAUGCCCUUCCACGUGCGCCAGGCGUUGGUGUAUUUCCGGAUGGGGGGUGACAGAGCACAGCAGGUGUUGGCGUACCACGCCACUGUGACCCUCAGCAGCCUCAACAGCUGCCUGGACCCAGUGGUCUAUUGCUUUGUGACGGACAGCUUCCGCUCGGCCAUGCGCCAGGCCUGCAGGAAGAGGCCAGGGGCGGAGGCGGAGGCGGAGGCGGAGGCAGAGAGGACCAGUGGAGGGGACGUUGCCAGUGGACUAAGGAGUUCAAAAAGAUCAGGGACAGCCAUGGCUAUCGCUCACAGUGUGGCCACACUGACUCUCACCCCCUGCACCCUGCAACAGAGGGAGAUGUCUGCAUAGAGAGGGGAGAAGAGUGACAGAGGGAGAUGUCUGCAUAGAGA